AUGUCCUCCCUCCGAAACGCUUCAGACUCCACCGGAUUCCAAAACGCCACGGCAGGACAAGCUGCCGACAGGGUCAAUGGACUUUUCCUUUGCCGGGGAGACCUCUCGCAAGAAGUUUGUCGUAACUGCGUAGCGUAUUCCGUCAACCAAAUCUUAGCACGGUGUCCGGAUGGGAAUGAAGCCGUUAUCUACUACGAGGAGUGUAUCCUUAGAUACUCACACAAGAAUAUUUUCUCUGUCCUUGCACUUGAUGGAGGACAUAUCAUGAUGAACCGUUAUAAUAUUUCGUUGAAUCAAGAAGUCCGUUUCCGAGGACUGGUCUCGUCCAUGCUGAACCGAGCAGCGUCCGAGGCAGCGAACAAUUCUAGAAAGUUCUACACACUAAAGGCUAGUUUUACCACCGUCCAGACUUUGUACGUCUUGGCCCAGUGCACUCCUGAUCUUACUAGACGAGACUGCUUGACCUGUUUGCGGACCUCCAUCAAUGGAAUGCCUCUUAACAUAUACGGAGGAAGACUUCUCUUUCCUAGUUGUAAUACAAGGUACGAGCUUAACUUGUUCUACAAAGAAACCGCCAUUGGAAUGCCACCCUCGGCUACUUCAUCUCCUCCACGAUCUGGAAAAGGCGGGAAUUCGAAUGUGUUAGCCGUAGCAAUUGUUGUGCCUAUUAUAGUGGGGUCUCUGCUUUUCGGAGCUUGUUAUUGCUUCCUUGCAAAGAGGGCAAAGAAGAUUUAUGAUACUGCACCAGGCUUUGAUGGAGAUGGGAUAACAACCAUAAAGUCGUUGCAACUUGAUUUUAGAACAAUUCAAGCCGCAACAGAUAAUUAUUCAGAAAAUAAUAAGAUUGGUCGAGGUGGAUUUGGUGAGGUUUACAAGGGUACAUUUUCAAAUGGGACUGAAGUUGCAGUGAAGAAACUUUCAAAAUUGUCAGAACAAGGUGACUUAGAAUUCAUGAACGAGGUUGUUGUUGUUGCAAAGCUUCAGCACAGAAACUUGGUUAAGCUUCUUGGAUUUUCUCUAAACCGAAAAGAAAGGAUAUUGGUGUACGAGUAUGUGCCCAACAAAAGCCUUGAUUACUUCCUCUUUGAUACUGCAAAGCAAGGCCAACUUGACUGGACUCGACGAUACACAGUCAUUGAAGGGAUUGCUCGGGGGAUUCUAUAUCUUCAUCAAGAUUCACGACUCACAAUCAUACACCGUGACAUUAAGGCGAGUAACGUACUACUAGAUGCGGAUAUGAAUCCAAAACUUGCUGAUUUUGGUAUGGCAAAGAUCUUUGAAAUUGACCAAACACAGGGGAACACAAGCAGAAUAGUUGGUACCUAUGGUUACAUGUCUCCUGAAUAUGCAAUGCAUGGCCAUUUCUCAAUGAAAUCAGAUGUCUAUAGCUUUGGAGUGUUAGUUCUUGAGAUUGUAACUGGUAAGAAGAACAGCAAAUUCUACGAAAUUGACGGUGUGCAUGACUUAGUAACAUAUGUUUGGAGGCUUUGGAAUAACAGAACAACAUUAGACAUUGUGGAUCCAACUAUUAUAGAUAAUUGCCAAAAGAGUGAAGUGAUUCGAUGCAUCCAUAUCGGACUUUUAUGUGUUCAAGAAGAUCAUAUAGAGCGUCCGACCAUGAGAACCAUUUUAAUGAUGCUCACUAGUAAUACUGUGACUUUACCAGUGCCUCGACAACCAGGGUUUUUCGUUCAAUGUAGACCCCGGACAGAUCCGCUUGAUCCAGAUCAAUCUAGGUUAAGCAACUCUGUUUCAGAGCCUUGCGAUGAUGCAUCGUUCACCGAGUUAUCUCCUCGUUGA